UACUUUUCGUGGCUUAUGUGCUUCACGUUUGUUUAUCGAGUCAGUACGCAGAGAUUUGGAAAAUCUCGACCACUGUGCGUGCUUUUACCUAGUCGUUCUGUUUACAGCAUUAUCAAAUCCAACUUUCUUUCAAAGUGAAAAUUUUCAUUAUUUACAUUACAUAGAUCCACUCCUACUACAAAUUAGUAUAUAAAUUUAAACAAUGGAUGAUCUCACGAUAUCCCUGAAAAGGAAAAUUUGUUUUCAAGACACAGCAGGUGUCAAGGACGGAGCAGGGAAGAUACUGCCCUUAACGCGCAUGCCCAAUGGACGACUUUUCCCGCCUUUUGGAGAAGAGUACGUCAACAAUAUCAAGACGAUCAAACUACGACCAGACGAUGUAUUCGUCUGCGGCUACCCAAAGACUGGUUGCCACUGGACAUGGGAGAUAAUGCAGAUGAUAAUCAAAGGCAAGGCCGAGCACUCUGACAUAGGAAAGAUGCAAAACAUGUUAGAGCUCGCUGCCCCUGAGGUGAUCGAGGCCUCCCCCUCCCCCAGGAUCCUCAACACCCACGCCUGGUUUGAAGAACUGCCGGAAGAGGUUAAAAAGUUUCGGUCAAAAAUAGUUUUCACGACCAGAAACCCCAAAGACGUGGCCGUGUCACACUACAACCACCACGUCAGGAUGAAGAACAUCUACUGUGGAUACGAUGGUCAGUUCAAGGACUGGAUGCAGCUAUGGAUUAAUGGAACAAUUGAAUACGGAAGUUUUCUAGAGUUCCACUGUAAAUGGGAUGCUGCUAUACAGGAAAACCCAGACCAUCCAAUUUUAGUGCUGAGUUACGAGGAAAUGAAAAACGUAGGAAACAUUGGUUUACUUGAUCUUGAGGGUACAGUCCGGCAAAUCGCCAAAUUUCUCGAGGUCGACUUGACCGAGGCUCAGGUCCAGGAGAUAACGGGCGCCUCACAGUUCGACUCCAUGAAGGACAAGUUCAAGGGCACACCGUGUGAGCUGCUCAUCAGGAAAGGUCAAGUAGGUGACUGGAAAAACUGGUUUACUGUAGCCUUAAGUGAAGAGGUGGACAAGUGGAAACCAGAGCUGGACAAGACGAGGUUCACGUUUAGAUACGUUUAG